AUGAGUGACGGCCCGCUAUAUCUGGGUUUCGACCUGUCGACCCAGCAGCUCAAAGCCAUCGUGAUUCAGUCCGACCUGCACGUCCUGUCCGAGGCCAAGGUCGACUUCGACGCAGACUUUGGCGCCCAGUAUGGCCUGACCAAGGGCGUCCUCGUCAACGACGCUGAGGGGGAGGUGUUCGCGCCGGUGGCCAUGUGGCUCGAGGCCGUUGACCUCGUGCUGUCGCGCCUGCAAGAGAAGAAGGCGCCGCUGCACCGCGUGAGGGGCAUCAGUGGUGCAUGCCAGCAGCACGGGAGCGUGUUCUGGGGGCAUGAGGCGGAGGCCUUGCUGGCAGGUUUGAAGGGUGAUGAUGAGAAGAAGGGGCUCAAAGAGCAGCUGGAGAAGGCGUUUAGUCAUCCCUAUGGUCCUAACUGGCAGGAUCAUUCAACGCAGAGCCAGUGUGAUGAGUUUGAUGCUGCGCUGGGGAGCAAUAAGAGGCUGGCUGAGGUCACAGGGAGUGCGGCGCACCAUCAAUUGCUAACAAAUGUGCGUGCGUGCGUGUGUCCACAGAGAUUCACCGGCCCUCAGAUCCUCCGGCUGCGCAAGAAGCUCCCCAAGAUGUACGCCGCCACCUCCCGCAUCUCCCUCGUCUCCUCCUGGCUCGCUUCUGUCCUGCUGGGCUCCAUUGCGCCCCUCGACAUCAGCGACGUCACGGGCAUGAACCUCUGGGACAUCCCGUUCAACACCUGGAACGAGGACCUCCUCGAGCUCACGGCGGGCUCGCGCGACGACGUCCCCGCCCUGCGCGCCAAGCUCGGCGAGGUCCGGCAAGACGGCGGCGGCAGCAUGGGCGCCAUCUCCCCAUACUAUGUCCAGCGCUACGGCUUCUCGCCCGCGUGCCAGGUGGCCCCCUUUACGGGCGACAACCCAGGCACCAUCCUGGCGUUACCAUUGCGCCCGCUCGACGCCAUCGUCAGCCUGGGCACGAGCAGCACGUUCCUCAUGAUCACGCCCACCUACAAGCCCGACCCGGCGUACCACUUCAUGAACCACCCGUGCACCCAGGGCCAGUACAUGUUUAUGCUGUGCUAUAAGAACGGCGGCCUGGCGCGCGAGAAAGUCAGGGACGCGCUGCCGCCGCCCGUUGCCAAGGAGGACAAGGAUAGGUGGGCCAACUUCAACAGGGCGGUGCUCAACACGCCGCCGCUGGACGUGCGGGACGCGGCCAAAGAUAAAGCAAAGCUGGGGUUGUAUUUUUACCUGCCCGAGAUCGUGCCCAACAUCAAGGCCGGGACAUGGCGGUACGAAUGCAACCCCGCGGAUGGCACGGGUCUGCAGGAGUCCAGCACGAAGUGGACAGCAGAAGAGGACGCCCGCAUCAUCGUCGAGUCUCAGGCCCUCUCGAUGCGCCUGCGCUCGCAGAGCCUGGUGCACCCGCACGAGCAAAAGGGCGAGGGCGAGGGCGCGACGACGACGGGGACAACAACAACACAGCUGCUCCCCGCCCAGCCGCGGCGCAUCUACCUCGUCGGCGGCGGCAGCCUCAACCCUGCCAUCGCGCGCGUCAUGGGCGACGUGCUGGGGUCUGCCGAGGGCGUGUACAAGCUCGACGUGGGCGGGAACGCCUGCGCGCUGGGCGGGGCCUACAAGGCGCUCUGGGCGAUGGAGCGCGACGUGGACAAGGGCGAGACGUUUGAUGAGCUGAUUGGGAAGCGGUGGAAGGAGGAGGGGGCUAUCGAGAGGGUUGAUGAUGGGUACAAGAAGGGGACAUUUGAGAGGUAUGGGGAUGUGCUGGGUGCCUUUGGAGAGAUGGAGGAGAGGAUCUUGAAGGUGGCGCAUAACUGA